ACAACCAUUAAACAAAAAUAAAUCAAAAGAAAAAAAUAAAUUAGUAGAGUCUUCGGAGUUUCCAAUUCCUUUUACAUAUCCUUCAUUUAUUUUUUUUGUACUCUACAAUAAAAACUGAAAUGGGUCAAACUCUUUUUGAUGCUCUGAACGUUCGGGUCGUGGGUUCCGGCGAGAGAGUUUUGGUUUUCUCCCAUGGGUUCGGUACAGAUCAAUCUGCUUGGAAUCGAAUAUUACCUUUUUUUCUCCGAGAUUACCGUGUUGUCCUGUAUGACCUCGUCUGUGCCGGCAGUGUGAAUCCUGAUUUCUUCGAUUUCCGACGCUAUACAACACUUGACCCUUAUGUGGAUGACCUCCUACAUAUUCUUGAUGCUCUUGGUAUCGAUCGUUGUGCCUAUGUUGGACACUCUGUCUCCGCCAUGAUCGGAAUUCUCGCCUCUAUUCGCCGCCCUGAACUCUUCUCCAAACUUAUCCUCAUCGGGGCUACUCCCAGAUUCUUGAAUGAUGAAGACUACCAUGGUGGAUUUGAAAUAGGAGAAAUAGAGAAAGUAUUUUCAGCUAUGGAGGCAAAUUACGAGGCAUGGGUGAAUGGUUUUGCCCCAUUGGCUGUCGGAGCCGAUGUCCCGGCAGCCGUACGAGAAUUCAGCAGGACACUAUUCAAUAUGCGACCGGACAUAACAUUGUUUGUGUCAAGGACAGUGUUCAAUAGUGACAUGAGGGGAGUUUUGGGCCUUGUCAAAGUUCCAUGCCACAUUUUUCAGACAGCAAGGGACCACUCUGUACCUGCUUCAGUCGCGACCUACUUAAAGAACCACCUUGGUGGCCGGAACACCGUGCAUUGGUUGAAUAUUGAAGGUCAUUUGCCUCACCUUAGCGCCCCGACCUUGUUGGCUCAAGAGCUUAAGAGAGCUCUUUCUCAUAGGUGAAUCUAUCUUUGAUCCUGUUGAAACAGGUACAGAGUGGUUCAACUCAUAUAUACAACUUAAAUCCUGAAUUCUCAUUUCUUCGCACAACCAAACCAAAAAAGAAAAAAAAAAACUAUGCAUGGUUUGUUUAGUUUUUGAACCUUCAUACACUUUGUGGAUUUGUGGAAAAGUUUGGAUUUUUACCAAAUAGGAUGUUGAGAACAUUCAAGAAUAACAAUCCUUGCAAAAAAGAAAAUCCUGAAUACACAAAUAUUGAGUUUUUGUUUUAUGUGCAUGCAUUAGAAGUUACUUAACAAAUGUUUGAUGAUUUUUGUUGAUCAAAUUUUGUUUUCUUAUUAUUGCUUUGUUAUAGAUUUUCCAAAAAGAAAAAGAGGUUUUGGUUUUCUUGUUCCAAUUUACUACGUGAGAAUAAGAUGUACGAGAUGAUUUUUUUUGUUUCACAAGUUAGAGAUCCAACUUUCAUGAAUUCAAAAGUGUAAAAUUUAGUUCCAUUAAUUUAUGCGACGAAAAAAAAUCUCACAUGAGACAGAAAAAAAUAAUUUCGAAGGAGAUGGUGACACCAGGCAGAAUGGCAAGCAAGAGUCUAUUAUGAUUACCCAAAAAAAAGGGAAAAAGGAUAAGGAGAUGCACAUGAUGAAUUUCACGUGAGAAAGUGCCCCAUCCUGGACCAUUUCAACUUUCCUCUUUAUUUUUGGGCUGUAUUUUUCAACUCCACUUUUGUUUUUUUCCUCUCAAAUUCAUUUGGUAUUUAUGAAAAGAAAGAAUUUGCAUCUUCAAAAAUAAUAAGAAAAUAAAGUCAUGUGGUCUAAAACAGUAGUGUCAGUCCUUGUUAGAAUUUUGAAAUAGGAACAAAAAUUAUACUCUCUUUUAGGUACGGUUUAUUUUGUUCUCUAUAUAAAGGACCUGCCUUAUCAAGACUUUGAACGGAUAAAAUUGUACUAUUAUUAUGAGCUGCCAAUACAAUUUAGUGUGGGAUUGUAACAUUUGAUUUGUUUGCCUUUUAUAAGGAAAAAAAAGACAAGUAGCAAUAGUAUUGAUACUUUUUAUGUAAUUCAAGAAACAUAGUUAUGGUAACAUCUUUGUGCGCAGUGGCGGACUCAGUAUUUUAAAUAAGGGGGUUCAAAAUCUAAAUAACUAGACACACGAGCUAGUCGAAGGGGGUUCGACAUCUACUUUAUAUACAUAAAAAAUUAUUUUAACCAUGUAUAAAUAGUAUAAUUUUCCGCCGAAGGGGGUUCGGAUGAACCCCUCGGCAUAAGGUGGAUCCGCCACUGUUUGUGCGUACAGCUCAUCCUCAUCGGACUCUACUUAUAAAUUAUAUUGGAUAUGUUAUUGUUAUUAUUUAUUGCUAUGUGAAUUGUAUAUACCAAAAUUGGGUUUGAGAGAA